AUGACGUGGGCUGAUUUCGCAGCGAAGCUCCUCGACAGAGAGGAGGACCCAGACGAUGACCCGGAAGAGCUAUUCGAGGCGGACUCGUCUUUGAACGUGCGCCCAGUUUGGUUCUCCAGCACAUGGCAACAAGCUGCGAAGAACCGGCGCGUGCGCGGCUACCCCUCCGACCGCAACUCCCUGCCGAUGACGCGGAUGAGCGAUGACCUCACGGACACAUCAUGCCUGCAACGAUUCGUUCUAAGACCCCGCAGCAAGCUGCAGCUGACGUGGUCCAUGAUUGGCACGAUGCUCAUCCUCUGGGACCUGAUCACGAUCCCACUCGAGCUCUUCAACAUCCCAGGUUCCGUGGACUUCUUCAGCGCGACCACGAGGAUCACCUUGGCCUUCUGGAUCCUGGACAUGCCAUUGAACCUCUGUUUUGGACUUGAGAGAGGUGGACGUGUGGAACUUAGACCCUUCCAACUCUUCAUGAUCUACGUGCGCUCUUGGUUGGUUUUGGACGUACUCGUCAUCUCUCUUGACUUGGUGCUGAUGAUUGUUGAGAUCGUGAAUGCAUCAGAGAACAACGACGGCGGCAACACGGGCCUCAGAUCUGCUCGUUUCCUGCGCACCAUGCGCUUGCUUCGUCUUCUGCGGCUUCUCCGUGCCGUGAAGCUGCAGCAGGAGCUCACACUCAUCGCGAACCGCUUCCUGUCGACCCAUGUCUUCAUGAUGGCAAAGGUUGUGUUCGGCCUGCUGAUGAUGCUUGCGAUCAACCACAUCAUUGCCUGCCUCUGGUAUGGAAUUGGGUCUUGGACUGCGUUGGAUGGCAGAAGCUGGCUGGAGCAAGCACGGCUGGCAGGUGACGAGGCAGAUUUCGCUGAGAGGUAUGCAGUUUCGAUCCACUGGACACUCACGCAGUUCACGCCGGCCACGAACAAUGUGGCUCCAGACAAUGCGCUUGAGAGGUUCUUCGCUGUGUGGGUAAUCCUACUGGCGAUGGGUGUGUUCUCAUCCUUUAUCAGCUCUAUCACCGCCACUGUGAGCAAGCUGCAGAACUCGCGCGUGGAACAGUUCCAGCAGCGAGCGAAGCUUCUGCGCUUCUUUGUCGAACGGAACCUCUCCGCGGACCUGUACGCAAAGGUCGAAGAGGUCUUGCGGCAAGAAGGACUCUUUGAGGUUCGGAUCAAGGAGCGCGAUGUGAAGCUGGUGGAGGGCAUUCCCGAGCGUCUCAAGAUGCAAUUGCACGAGGAGAUGUUUCUGUCCCUGCUGGGCCUCCUUCCGUUCUGGCCAGCCUGGACUGAAAGGGACAGCUUCCUGCAUCGCCAGAUCUGCCACCAUGCAAUGCGAGAAUGCGCGGCAGUGCCGGGCCAGGAUGCAUUCAUCAUGGGUACGGAUGCAAACGAGGUUUACAUCAUUGAGUCUGGCAGCAUGAACUACUUGCACUUGAACAAUCGAAAACAUAGCGAUGAAGUCUCGGCGGAGGCUAUUGUCUGCUUGCAGUGCAUCUUUGCAGAAUGGAAACAUCGUGGGCGGCUCUUCGCAAAUCGUUCUUCUUGCUACUGGGCAAGUCUCGAUGCAGUUCAGUUUUGCAACCUGAUCGCUGAUCAUGGCGGUGCGGUUUGGCAACACUUACACAUUUUUGGAAUACUCCUUGUUGGAGCAAUUGAAGAUCGCACAUGGAUGAUCAAUGACGUGAACUGGAGUAUGGUGGGGGUGGACGAGCUGUGCAAGCGCACUGUGAAGUAUGCCAGCAUUCUCAACGAGAACCACGGAACAACGUCGGCAAGCUUAGCUUUGAUAAGAACGUAUUCCAAGGACUAA